GUUUCUAAGAUUAUUUUAUAGCAUUAUAAGCUCCGCCGAACGCUCCUCUCUCUCUCUCUCUCUCUCUCUCUCUAGUCGCCAUGGAUGAAGAGUAUGAUGUGAUAGUGCUCGGUACAGGACUCAAGGAAUGCAUCCUCAGCGGUCUUCUCUCCGUCGACGGUCUCAAGGUCCUACACAUGGACAGGAAUGACUAUUAUGGAGGAGAGUCUAGCUCACUCAAUCUCAUUCAGCUUUGGAAAAGGUUUAGGGGAAAUGACAAGCCUCCUGCCCAUUUGGGCUCGAGCAGGGAUUACAAUGUUGACAUGAUUCCAAAGUUCAUGAUGGCGAACGGUACUCUAGUUCGGGUUCUUAUUCAUACGGAAGUUACAAAGUACCUAAGCUUCAAAGCUGUGGACGGGAGCUAUGUCUUUAACAAAGGAAAGGUUCACAAGGCUCCAGCAACAGACAUGGAGGCCCUCAAAUCUCCAUUGAUGGGCUUAUUUGAAAAGCGUCGUGCUCGUAAGUUCUUCAUCUAUGUCCAAAAUUAUGUAGAAAAUGACCCCAAGACGCAUGAAGGGAUGGACCUUACAAGAGUGACGACUAGAGAACUUAUCGCAAAAUAUGGUCUCGAUGACAACACCGUAGACUUUAUUGGCCAUGCUGUAGCACUUCAUAGAGAUGACCACUAUCUAGAUGAACCUGCAUUGGAUACUGUGAAGAGAAUGAAGCUUUAUGCCGAGUCUGUUGCACGGUUUCAAGGAGGAUCGCCAUACAUUUAUCCGUUAUAUGGCUUAGGAGAGCUACCACAGGGAUUUGCACGCCUCAGUGCGGUUUAUGGCGGAACCUAUAUGUUGAAUAAGCCCGAGUGCAAGGUAGAAUUCAAUGAAGAAGGAAAAGUUUGUGGAGUGACAUCAGAAGGGGAAACAGCUAAAUGCAAGAAAGUGGUUUGUGAUCCUUCAUACUUGCAAAACAAGGUUAGGAAGGUCGGAAGAGUUGCAAGGGCGAUUUGUAUCAUGAGCCAUCCCAUCCCAAACACCGAUGAAUCUCACUCAGUGCAAGUUAUUCUGCCCCAGAAACAACUGGGACGAAGAUCUGACAUAUGGAGGCGAUUUGCCAAGCUGACACCAAGUAGCUGGGAAAAGGCUAUGAUGAUGAUACAAAUGGGGGAGAUAGGCUAGCCCCACAAGCCCCUCUAGAUGCUCUACCCGUGCAAACCUAGCAAAUGGGCAGGAUGUCUGAGCCCUGUAUCAGGUGGGAUCCAAUUGUAUUGAUGAUGUGUUCAAAUAUUGAGGCUGUUCAGCCACCAGGUAGGCCACACGUGAGAAAGCAAGAAAAGCUGAGUUCUUUUAGACCUUCCGUGCACACUUAGGGCUUGCUUGAUUGUUAAAGAUCCUGAGUUUUAUAUGGAUGGUCUGUUCAAAUAUUCAGGCUGUUUAGCCACCAGGUAGGCCGCACAUGCAAGGAAACAAAGAAAAGCAUAAAAGUUUUUGUAGACCAUCCAUAGUUUUCACACUUCUGUGCCUUUACCUGAUAGUUAAAGAUCCUGACUUCUGUCGAAAUUCUCUCCAGUGGGUUCCACUUGAUAGGCGGCUUGGA